AUGAGCUCGUGGAAUUCGUUACCCUUUAUGAGUUCUGAUAAUAUAUCUGUGGAAGCUAAUAGCGACAGCUUCUAUGCUGAUCUAAAUCUAUACAGUCCGACGUUCGCUGACCUUGUCGAUUCUAUAUUCGGCUCCGAAUCAAUCCCGUUUGAGUGUAAUAUUGCUGGUGUCUGUGAUUCACAAAAUCUAAUCGAGGCGAUUAAUCCAUGCGUGGACAUAAAUGAUUUUGAUAAAUAUAUUGAACAAUCAGUGGUAUCAAAUCCAACAUUGGAAAGUUAUCAAAAUCUGCUCUUAGCCGAUGAUUUACCAUUUCACACGAAUGAUCAAAAUGAAAAUGUAAACUCACAUAAAGAACCAAUUUUCCUUUCAACCUCCGUUGAUGUAGGCGUACCACAAAGAUCAUCACAAUGUUCUCAUAAAAUUGAAAUCGUUCAUGAGCUAGAAGAAAAAUUUCGGCCUCGAUAUAAAAGUGAUUAUUUUGCUCAAAAUGGGACAAAACGAAAACCAAGAUAUGUGGCGGACCGCUUCGGCAACCAUUACAUAAUGCUCCGAGUGCCUAUAGGUAUUUCUGGUCAAAUCCAAGUCGAUUGGGUAACACUACCUGAUGAAAGCAACGCUCGAUACUAUAUGCCAUAUAAAUUUCAAGUGGAUAAUGAAUCGACUGGAAUUCUUGAUCGUAAUCCUAUUUUACUCGACAUUAAAUCUGAUUCUCCAGGAAUCAUGAAAGUUUAUUUAGUAUUGAUUAAAGCUAAACAAGAUGCACUGAAAUCAUUACAGCCACUUGAACGAUUUCGUCCACGGAGAGAUAAUUUUGAAAAAGAUGAUAAACAAACUUCAGAAAAUUUGCCAAAAUUAACACCAAAACAAUUAAUAAAAAAAUACAAACUUGCUAGAUCACAAUUAGCUUUUACAUUUUGUACAUCAGAUCUCGAUGGUAGUCCUUUACCUGAAUGGGAUACAACUAUUUAUUCAACCAUUCUAGAAGAAGAGACAACUGAUAGUUCACAAGAAAAAGUUGUUAAUUGUCCACAAUGUUUAUGUGCAAUUAAUAUUAACGAUGGCGUUCUUGUAGAUGAAGAAACUGUAGUGGUUGAACGAAAAAAUUGCAAACGCAAGAAUAAAAAAUCAAAUCCAAUUAAAAAACAAAGAUCUCUGAACGGCUAA